UGUAGGUGUCACUAAUUUAAUUUAAUCUGAUGCGUGUGUACGGAAAGGCCUGUUCCGCACUAAAGUGCUUCUCUUUAUUUUGCAGUCUCCAUCGUCAUCAAAUACAACUCCUUUCAUUCUCCUCCUCCAUUCACCUACCCAAAGACCAAAUCUGGAAAUAGUAACCAAAAGAGAAGCCCACAUCACACACAAAGCAGAGAAAGGUUGAAGUAAUUUAAGGGUUGGCCAGAUGCAGUGGGGCAUGGAAUGAACAGAAAGAGGUUAAAUUGAUGGAUGACCAACAAGAGCAGGAUUGUGCCUCAGAAGACCAAGAAACUAUCCUGAUUAAUGGGGUGAAAGAAAAUGAGCUACGAACCUCGGACGGCGAGGAGAGGCCAUACAGUAUUGCCGACACCACCGACGCCUUCCCAGCCCUGACAGCAGCCCCAAAGGAAACCCAGGCGUGCCACCGUGUGCUGCCAGCCCUGCCUGCCAAGAAGCCCUGCUCGUUGAGCCCGCCGUCCCCACUGCGGCUCACCGAUGUCCCUGAGCACACCUCAGACGACUCCUCGGCACACGCCAUCUCCCUCACGUCCUGCGUGACGAAGGGCAUGAGCUCCUGGUCUCUGCCGGGCGACUGUGAGAAGGCUCCCUUCAGCAUGAUGGAGCCUGGAGGCAUGUCCGCCCUGACCGGAGACUGCCUGAUGCAGCCGAGCAGGACCUGCCUGGGCUGCUUCAUUGAAUCAAAGGACGGCAUUGAUGCGGAGCCGGGAAUAAGCUUGAAAGUGGGGGAUAUAAAUAGGGAUUAUGACACCUGUUCGGUCUCUGAUAUAGGGAUUCACUGCAUGAGCACAGGAGAAACCAUGAGAUAUGGGGAUCAACUGCUUUCAGACCAGCUUUUAAGCUUCCCUAUGCAUAAAUCGAGGGCAGCGGACAAAAGAGAUGCAGAAAAAUCUGACAGUGAUUCAGAGGACCCCACUCAGAAAAAUUAUUACGAGGGAUUACUAUUAGACAAAUGCAAUGGUGAGGAACCCUUACUAACAAAUCCCAACCAGGAAUGGGGCUAUUUUGAAUCUUUCAUUAGUGAAAGUAAAAUUGAGCUGCUUGACCUAUGCUCCAAAAAUGAGCUUUCUGUAAAUCUGUUUUCUGAGGAAGAUGUGGAUAACUACAUGUUUGAUGAUGACGAUUCGACCUUGGGAAGCGACGUCUGCUCCUUAAAGAUCAGAUACGAGUCGUUCCAGGACAACGUGCGGGAGAAGACCACCGCCCUACAAGAGGAUGCCCAGUUCAACUUCUUCCCCAGCGUCUUCGGCAACUGCACCAAAAGGGACAGCAGGAGCACCCUGAAAAGGGGACCCGGUGGUGCCACCGACCCUUCUCAAUUCAAGUCCGAAGAAGGCAUCAUCUGGGGGGAAGAGGAGGAGGACGGCGAAGAAGAGGAUGGUGAGGAGGAGGAGAAAGCUGCCUUAAAUAAAUCUUGCAACAGCACGGAGGUGGUGCAGUACGUGGGCCCUAAAAGGAGCCACUUCUUGGACUCUGUGAAUUCCACAGAGGACUCUGGGGAGUUCAGCGACGACAGCACGUGCACAGAGUCCUCCUACGAUGUGCUGCGGGAUAUAAAGGACUGCAGCCGGUACCUGUCCCGGGACCACUCCAGCUCCUUCAUCCAGCAGAACUAUGGGCUGCGGGCAAAGAGGAAAGUGCGAUACAGUGACGACUACCUGUAUGACGUGGACUCCAUUGAGAACGAGAAGAUCCUGGACAAGAAGGAGUGGCUGCCGGACGGGCCCAAGGAGGAGGAUGACGACGAGUGGUGCCCCAAGAAACGGCGAAAAGUCUCUCGCAAGGAACCCCCUGUUAUCAUCAAGUACAUCAUCAUUAACAGGUUUAAAGGGGAGAAGCAUAUGCUGGUGAAGCUCAGCAAAGUGGAUGCCAACGAGACAACUGUUACCCUGAACGAGGAGCUGCUCAGUAAAUAUGAAAAGCUGGCCCCAUUGAAGGGCUUCUGGCAGGAGAGGCAGCAGAGCCGGCUGGAUUUGCUCAGAUCGUCUCUCUACCACAAGCAGAAUUUCUAUCUUAACGGUUCAGAUGCUUCGUUCCUCCCUCACCCACGGAAGCGAAAAUGCAAGCUAGCAAACAGGCACAGGAUUCAAAGAAUUAAAGCCAUUGAGCAGUCAGUGAACAAGCUGGGCUCCUGCUCCUCUGAUCACAAGCAGCCUUGCAGCAGUAAGGAGGAUGCAGGCCUGAAAGGGCUGCAGGCGUUAGCCAUUGCCACCCCCAGCUGUGCAAAUGGAUUACACGUAAAUGACAUCACGGACAUCGCUGCUGUGAAAUGCAAAUCGCAGGAACGAGAAUACAAGGGGACGGAGAGGAAAGUGCUCCGCCGGAUCAAAUUCAAAAGUGAAGCCAGGUUGAAAUGUAAGAAAAUCAAAGCUGCUGCCAGCGUGGCGGAGGGUUGCCCAGCUCUGGGAAACCAGGACUCUGCAGUGCAUCUGAAGGAUGAAAACGUUCCUUGUGCUUCAGACAGCUCCCAUCUCUCAGAGUGCCAUGAGGAUAAGAUUGCUAAAAAUUCUCCUUUCCUACCAUCCACCUCCUCUUCAGACAAGCCUCUGCCAUCUGCUAAUAUCACUACCAAUGUACCCCUGAUCCCCGGAGGGUAUCUGCAGACACUAUUAGACGCUUCGGAUUUGUCGAGCAGCACCGGCAUCUCAUACUUCGCACAGCAUCCCUCUGAGCAGCAGCACCCACUCCCCAGCAUCAUCCCAGCAGACAAACCAUUCACUGCCCUGCAGCCGUCGCAGAGCUGUGUGCUGUCCCCGCCGUCUGAGUCUGAGCUGCAGCAGUCUCCUGGCCACCUGGAGAUGGAGCAGAGCACCUUUGGCAGCAUGUGGCCGGCCAGCAAGGCUGCUGGGGGCAACCGGCAGGAAUUCGGUGGCGAGCUGCAGGAUACCGCAGCACUGACAGGCGAGUUUGGUGGUGCAGCAGGCACUGAUGGCCUCCCGGCCUCUAGCUACCCUCAAGUCAAUCUGAAUAGCAGCAAGUUGCUCUACCAAAAAAAUUACAUGCCAGAUAGCCAGCAAGUGCAGCCUGAUGAUUCUUAUCAGUCGUGUCAUUUUAAUAAUGGAGAGGGGCGCUUUCAUUUCCAGCGAGGUACACUAAGUACAGAUGAUGGCAGACUCAUUAGCUUUGAUUCAGUGGGUUCAUUGUCAGUUAGUUCUAGCAAUUACAGCUCUUUAAAGUCCUGCGAAAAGGAUGGUGACGAUGAUAUUAAUGACGAUUUCUUGGCCCACUGCAGUCCCAAGCUAGUGAUCCAGCAAAGCAUAGAUGAAAUAACCCCUUUGAAGGAGUCCACGGACCUUUUAGACAUUUCCAACUUCACACCCGAUAAGUUCCGCCAGUCAUCGCUCUCGGAGAUGUCCCCUCCAGACACUCCCAACCUUUCCCCACAGAUAGCUGGCUCCGACACCAAGCCCUUGGGCACCCUUAAGGGCUUCCCGGAGAGUGCCCAGGCUGCUCUGAGCAGCUCCGAGAAGGUCAAGUGGAACUGCGGGGUCCUGCAGACCGAGGAGCAGGCAGAUAAUGGGUUUACUUUAAAUAAUCACCAGUUUCAGUUCCAUAUGUUCAACGAUGAAGAUUCUGUCAGCCUUCUUGAAAAAAGACCAUGCUUGUCAACAUUUAAUGAGCCAUCUGGUCAAAUUAGCACCAAUAGCAAAGUGUCGAAAUCUAAGAGGAAAAGUUCAUCCAGCAAGAAUGCGGGUACAAACCAAAGCUCUUCCCAGAAAACCACUAGGAAAAAAUCUCCCAAAACCAACAAAGGCACCGAUAAGCCGCAAGGGAAGAACUCCAGGCAGGCACCCAAAUCCACCAGGAAGGGGAAGAACGCGGUGAGCCUCAGCAGCGAGAAGGCCCAAGUGGGUGGCAGCAGGGCCGUCAGCCAGCUGGCCAGCCCAGCCUCCGCGCCCAAGGGGCUGGCUGACGGCAUUCAGCACAGCAGCCCCGCCACUGGCAAGCUGGGCAAGCACAACGGCCUGGCUGGAGAAUGGGCACUGGGGAAGGAUGGUGGCACCGCCUGGUCGGAAACAAGCCUUGGGAGCACCACAGGCCUGCUGGAUGAUGACCAGAGGGAGUUCGAGGAGCCCUCCAACAUCCUGUCCAACAUCGCCUCGGGAAUGGCAGACGUCCAGAGGUUCAUGAUGGCCUCCAUCGAGCCCCUGUGGGGACCUGUCAACCAUAACAGCGUGCCGGACAUAUUCCGAUCGCCGGAGUCGAACAGCCUGAAACUGAAAACCCUUAAAAUUUUAGCAGGGACGCCCCAAGAGUCUAAGAAGAAGGCGAACAGCAGCUCGCCGGGAGUGGCAAAGAACCACAAGUCGAACAACAAGGGCUCGAGUAAAAGCGGCAAAGCAGCCACCUGCGACCCUGGUCGCCCCAACUGUUCAGCUGGGUACAAUACAGACAUUCACUCUCCCUUUUUUGAUAAAAACUAUAGUAACCUGAGCACUUUAGGCAAUAACGGACCUACCCAUAAAAAACUGUACCGUCAUAAAUCAAGUUCUAAAUCGCUGAGGGAUGAGAACUGUAAGAUAAAGCGAACAGACCGGGAACAGACCCAUAAGGACCCACCUGUGACAGCUUCUUUUGAGAAACUGAGGGAAUCAGACUCCAUUCUUCUUAAAGCAGAAACAACAUUUUUGGUUUUUCCUGUAUUUGAAGAAGAGACUCCCUUUUCUAGAAAAAAGACGUUUGAUGUUUCUUUUUUUCAUUUGGUUUUUUUUCGUUCGCUCCUUUCAAAAUAUGCCUUGUGGUAUGUUGAGAUGUAAGUGCUGAAACGAAGAGUUUGAAAUUGUGGGAAUUUAUUAUUUGAAAGCAAACCUAAUCUGGUAUUCUCUGUGAAAGACUGUUUUAAAAGUCAUACUGUUGUACAGUAGUUUAUGCACUAUUACCCACAACAACAAAAAAUUGUGCCAAACUAUGAACAAGUGACUGUAUUGUAUAUAUUUUUACUUCUCUAUCAACAUUGGGUUGUGAGUGUUUUCUGCAGCUAUGCCUUUUGAUUUUACUAGAUACAUUCCAGUUAUUAAGUACUAACCACCCCCUUUGAAAGCACCUGUAACUCACAAUGAAAACAAUAUUGUUCACUUAUACAACUUACCAAAAGUUUUAUGGACAUAACUAAAAGUGUGCCAAAUUUACUUACCUCAUUUCAUGGAUUCACCCUGUGGUUUAAAGCUCAUAAAGAAAAAGAAAAAAAAGGAAAAAAAAAAAGGAAAAAAAAAAAGAAACAAGGAACUUUGAAACUGAUGCUGGGAAAUUGUAAUGUCCUCUCUUUAAAACCAUGAGCAGAAAAACAUAAUGGUGAAAUGUUGAGUUUCAUUAUAGGAGAGAGUUGAAAUGGUGAAGGAGUUCAGAAAACACUCCAGGUAAGUUUGACAGGAACUCGAGUGUCUGCAUCUAGAGACUACGAAACAGCUGCUUUUCAAGUGUCUGUUUUCUUAAAGCAAAACCUGUAGCUGAAGAGCAUUUGAAAUGCAAAGUUACAUUGCUAAUUCUUUGUAUCUCAGUUUUAUAUAUUUUAUAAUAACCUGGGAUAAAUUCUAAAAUAAUUAUAAAAACGGAACUAAUAUGUUUCAUACAUUUAUUGCUAUUUACUUUUACUUUGAGUAGUUUCUUAAAUAUUUUUGAUGCAGAGCCUGUCCAAAGCGCUCUCAUUUCAUAUCUUUGGUGUUUCCUAAAUGUCUAACCUUGCAAUGCCAGUAUAGUUUGACAUUUUGAAAUCAGAAUCAUUGGUUUAAAUGCCACUCUGAGCCUUUCCUUUGAUUCAAUUCAUAACGUAGGGAGGAAAUCAGAACUAUUGGUGAUCUCGCUGAUCAGGGCCGGUUCAUACGUGACUGGACUUUGUUCGACAGCAUUAAGUAUUGAAUGCUAAAUGUAUUAUUGAAAGGCCUUAUCUGUAACCCUACUCACUGCACCCUCGCCCAUCAAGAAAGUAACAAAAACAAGCAAACAAGCAAACAAUCUCUUCCUUGUGCAACUGAGAGCCUGUGCAUUUUGCUGCUGAUUUCUUAUGAAACCUUGAUAUGCAAGAGACCUGCUAGCUGGGAGCUGUUGGAAGCAGAGGGGUGUGAGGCUCAGACACACGCAAUAGAAAGGGGUGAGGAAAUGGAGCCUUAAUGUAGCCGACAGAUCACUCUCAUGCUCACAAGCAUAGAGGUGGUGUUGCACAUAUCACAGGACUAGACUCAGUUCUCUGUACAAGCCCAUGCUGAAAGCCAAAGCAUCAGGAGUGGCUGAACAGAAGAUUUGGGUUGAUUUAGCGAAAACAUGGACUGUUCCUCAUUGAACACUUGGAGAUGCAAAGUGUCAAACUGGCAUCAAAGUGUUUCCAGUAGUUGCGGAUUCUCAGAUCUUGAGGUAUAGCAAUUCACAGAAUCACAGAAUAUCAGGGAUUGGAAGGGACCUUGAAAAAUCAUCUAGUCCAGUUCCCCUGCUGGAGCAGAAACACCUAGAUCAGGUCACACAGAAACACAUCCAAGAGGGUUUUAGAUGUCUCCAGAUACGGAAACCCCACAAUCUCUCUGGACAGCCUGUUCCAGUGUUCUGUCACCCUCAACAAGAGAGCACAACGAUCACAUUACAUUCUAUUUAAUGAAAAAACAGGUGGUGCAGGCAGGAGUGAGUGUUGAUCCUACCCUGCCUUUGGAGUUUGGAAGGUGCUUGGAAUCUUGGAGACAAGAACUGUGCAAGGGCUCCAGCCCUGGGUGUUUGGCUUACUUGUGCCGCAGUGCUUUCUCCUGCAUCCCCCUGUAGCUGUCUUUUCUAUCCAUACAGUCAUUCUGGGUCCAAGCCCUCAAUGUGUUCGUCCUGCGCACUGAAGGACCCCUGGCUCCAUUCUUCGGUGUAUUGCACCCACUGCUCCCGUGGAGACAGAUCAGGCUUGCAGUGAGGCUGUGGCAUCUCCCUUCUUUUUGAUCCAGAACCAUGCUUUGAGAGCACUGGCCACUGGCCCACACUGUGUUCUUCAUGAUGAACGUUUAAGCUGUGUGAUCCAUAACAAAGUAAGUUGUACUGGAACAGGCAGCAAUAUUUAUUGCAUUUGAGAAAUGUGCAAUAGGGCACAAAUAUGAAUCAUAAGACAUAUCGGGUGUUUUAUUGUAUAUCAUAGAAUAGCUUUGGUUGGAAGGAAAGUCAGAGCCCAUCGUACAGCCCCCUGCCAUGGGCUGGCUGCCCUCCACCAGCUCAGGCUGCCCAGGGCCCCAUCCCACCUGGCCUUGAGU